AUGCUAAAAAGUUCCCUUAAGAUGCCAAAAACAUCAAAUAAGGUUUUUAGAGGGCAAAAUCAAGCACAGGAAAUAGAAACUAAUAAUCAAGCAUGCAAAAUUGUAAGACCACCACCAUCCUUUACGUUACCUUUUCCGCCCGAGAUUAAUGCAGAGGAUUUGAUUAACAGCAAAACACGUAAAUUACCUUCUAAACCUCCUAAUGCAUUUUUUAUAUAUCGAAAAGUUUAUACAAAAGAAUUAAUCGCAAGAGAUUUUCGAUAUAAAAUGACUGAUGUAUCACCAUGGGUAUCUAGUUCAUGGAAAAAUGAAACAGAUAAAGUACGGGAAAAAUAUAAAGAAAUUGCAAAAGGCGUGCGUCAACUUUACAAACAAAGCAAGUUAGAAACAGUUGAGAAUAAGGAAGAACGCAUGGUUGAAAAUAAGACACAAAUUCAUGAUCCACAACCUUCACCGUUACCUUCCACGCCUUUUACAAAAGGGAGGUUACCCAAUCCCGAGUCACCACAAGAAAUACCAUUUAAUCAAUUGAAUAAUCAAUUGAAUGAUCAAUUGAAUGAUCAAUUGAAUAAUCAAAUGAAUAAUCGAACGAAUAAUCAAUUGAAUCAAGAACAUAAUCAAAUGAAUAAUCGAACGAAUCAUCAAUUGAAUCAAGAACAUAAUCAAUUGAAUCAAGAACAAAC